CCAGUCUCUCCAUCAUUUUUUUAGCAUAACCCAAAAUGACAUCGUUUCUAAAUUUCGUAAUAAUUACCCUGUCCCUUUUAUGUAACCCCGCUUACCCCGAUUUCGCCCUAAACUCUCCCGUCAUUACAAAUUACGGAGUUUGGGACGCCAACUGGGUUCAAUGUGACCACAAUACCUUCGUCAAAGCCAUUCAACUCGAGUACAGUCCGUUCGCAGAGGAAUUCCCUCCCCCCGGUGGGGACGGCCCUGACACGGACGACAACCACGGCCUGAUCCGCAUCGCGAUAGAAUGUUCCUCCAUGUCAGACUCUGUUGACCUACCCGGCGCAGUAAAAAUCAGUGGUCGUCCCGUCGGUAGUUUUGUCGCCCCACUAAAAACUGCUUGUGACGGAUUCGCCACUGGAUUUCAACUUUUGUCCGACGAACCUCAAAUCGCUUUGGAUAACACGGGGGCAAAUAAUUUGCGAAUUUACUGCUCCGGUCUGAAAGAAAAUCCGACACAGUAUGUCGAAGGGUACGGCGAAUAUACGGGAGAAUGGACGGAUCCACAAUUUUGCAAGGAUCGCCAAGCUAUUUGCGGAAUUAAGAGUCAAGUUCAAAACUCGGGCUCUGACCAAACCGGGAUUAAUAAUAUUCGCGUAAAAUGUUGCGACAUUCCCAGCCCAGCGACUAACUGUGUGCCCACCGAGAGAUGGGAACUCGUCCAAGAAUGUGACAACAUUCGGGGUAAAUUACAAAUUGAGUGCAAAUUCUUCCGGACAGUAGGAAUCGGCAGGACGCCAAACUUUGAGGCGACCCCACCUGGGGGGAAAUCACUACUUGAUGAAUUCUACCAAUAUUCGGCGCUCGGCUUUACAUCUUCCUGGCAAUACGGAGAACCACCAUUCUGGCUGAUGCACGACUUGUCAAACAGAUUUGCCACCGUACUAGCAGACAGUGUCGAAACGGGGCAAAACUGGACCGUCGUAGGGGUCGAGACUUGGGGCAUGGAGACGUCGACGGAAAUACAGUUCAACGUUAAGGAAGGUUAUAAGGGAGAAAUUUAUCAGUUGGUGGGAACCUGUGGAUAUUUCUCGGUUAGAACGCCACGAUUUAGAAAAUGGGAUCGUAACGUUAAUGGAAUUGUGGGGUGAUAGGGGUCUUGAACAAUGAAAUUUAUAAUAUUUUUAAUUAACAGUGUUACUAAUUAAUUUUAUUCCCAGAA